GCAAACUCCGUCGCAGAGAGACGUUCACUCGUUAUCCAUGAAUCGUAGAAGGAAGACGUUUGAAAUCUUAAUCUGUUCUAUAAUACGAGGAAGAUGACUUAUUAGUGAUAAACGAACUUGCACACGCAAGUGUGCCAAUACAACUAAUUAAUAAUGGAAGCCAAUAUGGCGCUCUCUACGAGCUACGUCGCAAAGACGACACAAAUUUCUUUUAACGGUUUUAUAUUGCACCUUGAUUGGAUUCGCAUAAACAAUGGUAACCAAUCAGGACCAGGAGAUGUGGGUAUGGAAGCUGGAGCCAGAGUCCCCUAAGGGGACAUCUCAAGCCGAUGCUGAAGAUGAUUGGUUUUUACUUGACGACAAGUCCUUAGAACUCACAAAAUAUGCUGCUGAACCUGUUAUGUACGAUGAUCAACCAACAAACCGUGCACAAGUGGCAACAAAACUUUUGGAAGAAUUAGAUGAAUGGAUCAAAGAAGAACCUUUCUCGGAUUGGCUGGAGGAUAAAAUUGAUGUGCCAAUAUUCGAAGAAUUGCCAGCACCGGAGUGUGGUCAAAACAAACCAGUCGUAUAUCCAAUUAUAAUAAAGAAUCAUGAACAACAGCACGAUAACACUCAAACAUUGUUGGAAGAAUUCGAAACUGUUUUGGAAGAUGUUGAGGCUUGCCAUCAGAUUAUCCCUUCGUCAGUUUCAACGCUCACCCCACCUCAAUCACCUCCACCAAAUAAAUCAUUGGCCAUUGAUACACAAUUACUCGUUACCUUGCAACCGGUGAUGCAAACGGUACAACCUAUAAUAUCGAGUCAACAGCCUGUAUAUAAUAUCAUAGUACCUCAAGAAAAGCAGCCUGAUGUCUAUCAGAGCGAAGUAUGUAUAUCGGAACAAUGGAAUACUGAGAAUAUGUCAUUGGAUCCACUUGGAGGAGAUGUCGCCAAUGAUCUAGCGGUCGUAGAUGAAUAUGUACGAUCCCAUACAGAGGACAUACCACCACCGUAUAGUCCAUGUACCAGUCCAAGUGGUAGUUGCGCUUCUUCCGAAGAUUCCACGGAUGAUCCAGACUGGAUCGCUGAAACAUCCUGUAGUAACAGGAAGCAAUCGAGUUACAUCAAUAACAAAAAUCGGCAUAAACCGUACUCUCGUCCCUCGGUCGAGGACAAAAAAGUACGGAAAAAGGAACAAAAUAAAAAUGCGGCAACGCGAUACAGGCAAAAGAAAAAACAAGAGAUUAAGGAUAUUUUAGGCGAGGAGCGUGAACUCACCGAGUAUAAUGAAAAAUUACAAUGUCAAGUGAAGGAUCUACAGCGGGAAAUCGGAUAUUUAAAGGGAUUAAUGAGAGAUUUGUUUAAAGCCAAGGGUCUUAUAAAGUAAUCAUUUUGUUUCCUCUCUUUCUUUCUCUCUCUCUCUCUCUCUCUCUCUCUCUCUCUCUCUCUCUCUCUCAUAUCAUUUUUUACAAUAUCUUUUUGUUUAUAUAAUCACAUUUAUUGAAUUCAUUAACUAUGUAUUUGUCGACACAUUACUCACUUUACAAUGCCACUACUAAUACAAUAACAUUAUACUUAUAUUAUCAAUUGUUAUAUAUAUAUAUAUAUAUUUUUUUUUGUUUUAUUUUGAUCAUCUACAUUCUACUUUCUUAAACGUUUAAUGUAGAAUCUAUCACAGCUUUUGUGGAACUACAGGACUCUGUCGUCUUGUAAUUUAUAAAAUGUAUAACCAUCUCCUAAUUUUAUACUUAUGGUCCGUUAAGAUUAGCAAAUGUGACGCCAUUAGAUAAAAUACGAAGGAUUUAUUCGAUAAGCAGCCCUAUGAAGUUCUCACGAACGGAAAUCUGCUGUUAUCGAAUAUCCUGGAAGUUUUGUAUACGAUGGUGUCUCAUAGAUAUGCGAAUCUUUUCAUUCCAAAUAAUUUUUAACCCAAUCGAUUUUAUCAUAUUUUCUUACAGAAAAUAUUACGUUUAGAAAGGAAAAAAAAAAACAAUAAAUGGGUUAUUAUAUAAAUGA